AAAACACAAAACCCACAUCAACUAUUUUUUUCUACAGCGGACCGUUUGGGAGUUAUAGUAGGCAGGCACAUUUCAAUCAGUGGCAAGGUUGCCAUAAGCAGGAGAAAGAAGCAGGAGAUUAAGUUUAGUUCGAUCGUAUGUUCAGUCGCGAAGCGAACGAAAGCAAUAGUUGGUAAAAAGUAAGCUUGCUGUCAGCAGCAAUUUUAAAACGGUAUCUAAUCUAUGCAGUCGAUAACUCGCUGCUUGGGAAACGCAUUCGUAGAAUUUAACAGCAGUCUACAAGUGUGUGAUGUGAUGUGAAAUGCGAUGUGGUGCUACGUUCAGUUCAAACAAUUUGGUGUCCAAUGAUGAGUUUAGUGUCAAAAAACCAUUCUACAAUUAUUGUUCGAUUGUUAUUAGUGCAAAAUAUAGGAAAUCAUAGAUAAACACUACACAUACAUGCUUAUCGCGCGUUAUGAAAACGGAGUGUAAAUUGACGUGUUAGGCUGUGUUGUGCUUAAUUUCCGUACGCAGUUGAUUAAAAAAUAAAAACAAAUGGUGUGAUACGCGAAAAUGAUAAUACAAAGCAAAAAUUCCGAGGAUAUGGAGAGCCUUAUUGAUAAGGAUAUUAUUGAGGACGAAGAAGAAACUGAUAGCAACCGAAGCCUUCUUCAUAGAAAAAGUUCAUUAGCCUUGACGCCAGAAGACGAAAUAUUGGAAAUUAAUAGAAGUCCAUUGGAAGGAAGAUACGGAAACAUAUUGCCUCCCAGCAAAAGUCCAAUAAAAGUACUUCUUGUUUUUCCAUACUCCGAUGCAGUUGGUGAGGUAUUUACUCUAGCUGCUGAGAAACUCUGCUUUGAUGCCACACUCAUUUGUACAGAUAAUGAAGCUUUGGAACAAUUUCAGUCGAAAGCGCACGAUCUCGUCAUCAUUGACACCAGAAGCGUCAAAGGAAUUGAUUUUGGAACGUUAUGUCGAUCUAUCAGAAACACAAAAGGCAGUCAGCACACCGUCAUUGUUGGGGUCGUAAAAAAACAGGUGUUCGAAAAAGACGAAAAAGUUAUACAGGGUCAUUUAGAAUCCGGAUUUAAUAGGUGCAUUGCAGAAUCUUCUAACCUCACCAACUGCGUUAAUGAGUUAACAAUGUUGAAACAUGGAGAUAUCAGGCCACACAGUCAACAUGCCACGUGUCAGGCUCUUUAUGCAGCUUUGGACAAAUGCAAGGACCUUGUGGUCGUCACCGAUGAAAAUUACAAGUUUCAGUAUAUGAAUAGAGCUUGUGAAAAACUUUUGGGAUUUCGUCAAGAAGACACUUUGGGGAAAACUUUGCAAGAACAAUUAGUCAGCGAUACGGUGCAGAUAAACACAAUGGGAUCGUCUUUGCUACGGGCCAGGGAAUGGUCUGGAUCGCUUACGUUGAAAAAGAAAACUCAAGACACCAUCGUUACGUCGUGCAAGGCUGUACCUUUCGCUAGCGGUGGAAGGAUGCCCACCCAUUUCGUGCUGGUAUUCGACACGAAUUUCCUCGACACCAACGCGCUGAGUCAACCUAGAGGUAGCGUAAGUUCCCUACGCAGAGGAUCGGCUGAAGUUCGCAGCGUGGGCAGCGAUUACUUGCGGCGAAGUUCGCUGGCCAAGUUGAACGCACUGCCCCUUGAAGCGCCCAUUACAAAGAUUUUGACGCUGCUGGACCAAGCUAAAGACUUCUCUCCGGGUAAUGCUCAAGUUGUGCAGCUGCUGGAGAAAAUUGAAGAGACCUUGAGAACUUCAGAGUUGUACACUUCGCAUGCCAAGGAUGAUUUGAAGAUGAGGACGGAUGAACCAGUGGUUUCCGAUCUCAUAACUGCUUUGUUAUCGAAAGCACCACAACCUUCACAAUCCUCGUCGUCUCGAAGAAGUAGCAACGAUUCGGCGGUUUACAGACCAACUAAAUCAACCUUCUUCAGAGCUCCCUCAAUCAUUCGAGAUCUCCUCGACACUUGCCUCUCGUGGGAGUUCGAUAUCUUCCGUUUGGAGGAGCUUUCGAAAAAACGCCCGUUACAACAUCUCGGUAUGAGCUUAUUUUUGCAUUUUGACGUUCCAAACACGUUACUGUGCGACGAAAAAACCCUCUUUAACUGGCUGACAGUCAUGGAAGCCAACUAUCAUUCCGACAACUCGUACCACAACUCGACCCAUGCGGCCGACGUAAUGCAGGCGACUGCGGGUUUUUUGGAGAAGGAACGUAUGAAGUCCAUUAUGGACCCCAUAGAUGAAGCUACGAGUCUUAUAGCCGCUGCUACCCACGAUGUUGAUCAUCCUGGGCGGAGCAGCGCCUUCUUGUCGAAUUCCGACAGCGUUCUGGCCAUCCUGUAUAACGAUGUGACCGUUUUAGAGUCCCAUCAUGCCGCUCUUACGUUCAAAUUAACAUUAGGUGAUGAUAGAAUAAAUAUUUUCAAAAACUUGGAUAGAGAGGUGUACAAAAUCGCAAGGCAUAAUGUUAUAGACAUGAUUCUAGCAACGGAAAUGACAAAACACUUCGAGCAUCUAGCCAAAUUUGUUAACGUGUUCUGUACCAGAGAAACAGAUCAGCCUGAAGGUGAGGAUUACUUUCCUCUAUCACUACCAGAGAAUGUGACUUUGGUAAAGAGGAUGAUGAUAAAGUGUUCUGACGUUUCCAAUCCCACAAGGCCCUUGAGACUGUGUGUGGAGUGGGCCAGGAGGAUAGCUGAGGAAUAUUUCCAGCAAACUGAUGAAGAAAAAGUUAAAGGGCUUCCGGUUGUUAUGCCAAUGUUCGAUAAGAAUACUUGCUCCAUUCCCAAGUCACAGAUUGGUUUCGUCGACUAUAUCAUCAAUGACAUGUUUGAAGCUUGGAAUGCUUUUAUCGAUAUGCCUGAACUACUGACACACAUGAGGCAGAACUACAUACGAUGGAAAGAGUUUGAUGAGCAAGGUCACACCACAUUAGCCGACAUCAAAAAAUUACAAAACACUGUACUUAUGUCUCCCAUUUUUCCCAAGCCUAGUAAAAACGACUGAUCCAGGUUCACACGUCACAGUGUUGACGUGGGCGAUCUAAGAUUCUAUCUACUCAGAAAACUGUGAAUGUAUUAAAGUUUACAUUAAAAUGUGUGUACCUCAUCUACAUCUAUCUAUACCUUUAAAAAUGUAUAUUUUUAUGAAGCGCGCUGGCGCGUUUUUAAAUUAUUGUUUUAUUUUAUUUAAUAUUAAGGAAAUGCGUUAUCAUAACGCCACACUGUUUUCUAUUUAUAAAAUGUUUAAAUGUCAUGCGUAUAAAUAAAAAAUGUUUUUAUAUCAAGAAGUUUUAUUUAUUAAUAUGUACAAAUUAGUUUGGGUGCUCAAUUUUUGGUUGGUUUUCGGUUACGGUGGAUUUUGCAGGUCCAGUUUGAGAAAUUGGAACGACUCUUUCCGUGUUUGGUGGUGUCAAACUCUUCUUUGGCGCGUUAACAGUUAAAAUACCAUCGGAGGACAACGAUGAAGUAAUUUGGUUGAUGUCGUGGUCAGCAGGUAGAAUGUACCUCCUCACAAAAUGACGAGAAAUAAAUCCAUGCUCGUCUUGUUUCUCCUCAUGUUUUCCCUCGACUGUAAUGCUGUUUCCGCUUGUCUUCACAACAAUUUCCUCUGGAGUGAAUUGU